UCCAUCACUGCCAUGUUCGCUCAACGGUAAUGUAUCUUUAAAUGUACUUGGAUACAAUUCAACAAGUUGUCUUGCAACUAUACUUAAAUGUGGUCUCUUAAAGCCUGGCACGGUCUCCCUGCAGUGGUCAACAAUCCUAUUUACCAUAUCUUCCCGUCCACUAGAUGGAGCCCUCUGUUUAGCUUUAAUCGCAGCACGUACAGAAGCAGGCAUGAACGGGCUAUCUAUUGUGAAUGUUGGAAGACUGACAGAGUUGAGCCGCAUAGCUUGGUCAUGCAAAGUUUGCCUAGAGGUUCCAGCAGAGGAGAACGAUGAGGCUCCAGAGGACUCAGCUUGUCUAGAUGAUCCAGAGGAAGAUUUAGCUUGAACAUUAGAGGAUGAUCCGACUCCAGCAGAAGGUGGUGUUUGUGGCGCUGAAAGAAGAAAUACAUUGGAGUGAUUAAUUAAGAUGCCAAAACUCCACUGAAUUUUCAAAUCCACACUAAAUAACACAUGCCAUAGAGGCAUACUUCACAUUGGUUUAAUUUUUCUACACAGACUAGGAGAACAAAGUGAUAUGCCAAAGCCAUAAGAACAUACCUGUUGAACCUUGCCCCCAGUAUUUUAAGAGUUUCCUGCAGCGACCAAGCGAUGUCACGUCUCGGAUAUCUUCAAGAGCGACAAGAUGAAGAUCAUCAAAGGUGAAAUCAUUGUCGAAAAGAUACGAAGCCAGUUGGGACGCAUCCUCUUCAGAAAUAUCGGCCAGACACUUCUCUAUGCUGGUUUUGAUGCGAUCCAUGCUGAAAAGGUUAAGCAAGUAACGUUUCGAUCAGCUGCUACACAAGAAAGGAAAAUGAGCGCUCCUUAAAUGGCGCAGGUCAUACCUGUAUUAUUGGAUGGUAAAGAAUCAAAGUCAGAUCAGCUUGCAGUAGUGGUCGUUUACAAAACUAUGGCGCGCAAACAAUGUGGCGGCAGCGGCGACGUGCGUUCAGCGCUGUAACUGCAGCUGCUGCUCCGUGCGAGAAAUCAGUCCAAAUGAGAGACCAAAUUAUACAAAAAUCAUUUACUUAUCAAGAAAAGGAAAAGGUAAUAAUGAAUUAAGACGAAUUGAAUUCAGUUUGAAAACAUGUUCGGUGUUUUAUAACUUCCUUCAAAGUGCCAAAUGAGUAAUCAGGAUAAAUUUCCAAUCUUGUAUUUGACUGGACGAGUUGUCUACUGUCGAGUCCAAUACAAGAUUAGAAAUUUACCUGGAUAAAUGACAGUGUGAGCUUACUUAUCUUCUCCAUCGUUAAACGUAAUUUAUCUAUCUAUAUUAUCUCUUUUUCGUUCCAACCACCCUGAAAAGAGUAUUAUUUUUGACAAUUUCUAUUGGGAUUUUUUUUUUCUAGAAUUAUCUGGUUUGUUUACGUCCUUCCCUCUGCUAACCUGUUUUGCUGCUCGUCAUCAAUUUAUCUAUUUGGAUAUCUAACUUCGUUUGAUUUGGUCCGGAAGCCUCUGUCAAGGUCUCACAAGCUACAAGCUAUGACGAGUAUUGUUUUUAACAAUAUCUCCAGAAUCACCUGGUUUGUUUACGUCCUUCCCUCUUGCUAGCCUGUUUUGCUGCUCAUCAAUUUAUCUAUUUGGAUAUCUGACUUCGUUUGAAUUGGUCCGGAAGCCUCUGCCAAGGUUAAAUCAAGGCAGUUCUCUGAAGUUGACUUUUGAGACGGUUUCUGCCACAAGUCAUGCUCAUUUGCGGGUGCCAAUCAGCUAAGUUACUUUGUUCAAGAGAGGUCUAUGUGUCAAACAUCAACUUGGACGCAAUGGAAACUAGUACGGAUAAUCCUUAAGUUGUUCCUGCAAUUUCAUCCUUUGCGAUACGGGUGCAUCAUCUUGAGAUAUUAUUGAGAACCAGCCACCAAAUUGUUGUAUAAACUAUUUCAGGAUGAAGCUUUUCGGAAUUCUUUUCUCUGCACCCCAAAUUUUCUACCUGUUUUUGCUAUUGUACAUAGCUGGGAUUGAGCUAAAUCCUGGGCCUUUCCCCUGCAAGUCUUGUGCUGCUGUACCUGAGACUAUUUCCUGCAACAUUAGGCAUCAGCACCUCCAUUCAGUAUCAAGAAAUUUUUUGUAUCACUGUCCAGCACCCUCAUGCAUUUUCUCUACCAAAUCAUUUAAUUUUAUGAACAAGCAUGUGUCAAUGUUUCAUAGUGAAACUAGUCAUAUUGACCCAGAAGCUACAAAUACUAUUGGCUGUGUUUGUGAAAGUGGUGGUAUUCCCUGUGCGUAUUCUACAACUUCUUUCUGGGAGCUCGUUCAGCACCUAUGUACACACCUGGACAGUGAUGUGGAAGUGGGUUGCCCUAUUCUUGGUUGUGAAUAUCCAAACAGUUUUCGGAAGAAAUCCACCUUUAGAGUACAUCUCAGCCAGUACCACCCCAAUUGGCGCGAUGAAGGCUGUCCUAAACAGCAUUUAAGAAGAAAUCAAGAAAAUCUAAAUGGUGGAUACCUGGGACCAAAUUGCGAUGAAGCUAUGGAUACCGAAGAUGGUGGAGCUAACAUUAGUCCUGACAGCAAUCAGAACAUGUUUGAUGAUGCUGCUGUUAUAGAUUGCAUUGCCAAAUUCUAUCUACAGCUUUAUGGCUUGCAUACGCUCCCAUUUGAAACUAUUCAAGAUAUAUGUAAUGGGAUUAUUUGCAUGACUGAAGUGAUUCAUGCCAAAAUGAACCAAGUGUUAACGGAAGAAUUGGAAAAACUAAACAUUCCUCAAGACCAAAUCAACUUGAUACGCUACAAAGUUAUGCAGGCUGACCUUCUUUAUGCGUCACAUCACAAGGAUAACAGUCCAGGGCCAUAUCUAAGCUCCGACUACUAUAGGAGAGAGUACUUCAUGAAGUAUUUUGGUUUCUGUUCUCCCAAAGAAAUGCAUUUGGAUGAAGAUGAUCAUGACAACCAUCUAAGGCAAGAAAUAAUUCCUAUUACUCCAACUCUUCUGCGCCUCUUUCAAGACCCCGUCAUCUGCAAAGAUAUUGAUGACUCAUUUUUGAAGCAAGCUGAUCCGAGCAAUGAUAUUGUGUCAGACUACACAGAAGGCCUACAGUUCAUCUCUGAAAAUCAUCCCAGCAAAGAAAUUCAUAUCUUUGUCUACCAGGACACUGUCAAUGCAGUAAUGAACGCAUUGGGCUCUGCAAAGAACAAGCACAAACUGCUUACAAUGUAUUUUACUGUGGGCAAUCUUAAAUCCCACCGCAGAGCAAAAGUUGAAUCUAAGCACCUUAUGAUGAUCAUGAGAGAGUCAGUCUUCAAAGAGGUUAAAGCUCCAAAAAGCCUAGAAGAAGUUAUGAAAGAACUAAAGUCACUGGAGACUGAAGGGAUUCUUUACAAAGGUGAGAAUGUUUCUGUAGCAGUAGUGUUUAUUCAAGGAGACAAUCUGGGUCAGCAUUUGAUUGGAGGAUUUAUUGAGAGCUUUUCUACAAAAUUCUUCUGUCGAUUUUGUGAGAUUCUUCGUGCACACUUCAAGGCAAAUCCAACUUCCACUAGUAGGCUCAGAACCAAAGCUGACUACACUAGAUGUGCGCUAAGGGCAAUGGUGAUGGAAAAGCCCAUUAAAGGCAUCAAGGCUGGAUGUGAGUUCAAUGAUUUGAAAUAUUUUCAUGCCACUACCCAUUUAGCACCUUGUCUAGCACACGAUUUAUUUGAGGGUGUUGUCUCAUGGGACCUUGCUGGCAUCAUUUCAAAUCUUAUCCGUGAUAAAUGGUUUUCUCGGAAAUGGCUCAACAAGAAGAUUAAAGCAUUCAAGUGCGUUGGUGCAGACUCUCCCAACAAGCCUGCAUUUGUGGAGAAGAAGGGGCUGAAGUUGGGCGGUCAUGCAGUCCAAAAUUGGACAUUACUACGUUUACUUCCCUUCAUCUUGGGUGACAAAAUAGCUGAUGUAGAGCACUCAUCCUGGAAGUUAUACCUGCAGCUGAAGGAGAUCACUGAGUCCUUCACUCCACCCUCUUUCUACAAGUCUGACAUGCCAUACGCCCAAGAUGUGUUGUUGCCAGCGUAUUUUGAACGAAGAGCAGAAGUCCUGGAUAUAGAGAAAUAUCCACUGAAUCCAAAGCACCAUUUUCUUUAUGCUCACUAUGCUUUCCUCAUGUGUUUAUUAGGACCAUUAAUUCAUCUUUGGACCCUCCCUUAUGAACAAAGGCACAAAUUCUUCAAGCAUUUGUUGAGAUUAUCCCAAAAUUUUAUCAAUCCAGAACACAGCUGUGCCUACCGUUAUCUACUGCAUGUCACUUACAUGUCAUCUGAUGGCCCAACAUUCCAAGAAGAAUGCGUUGAAGUUAGUUCAAAGCAAAUGACCCCUGAUUUGUAUUCUGCAAAACUUGCAAACAUAGUCUCUUCUUCAUUCCAAGAACCUGGCUGGCGAGACUGUACUUCAGUAUGUUUUGACGGAUUGCAAUACAAGAAAGAAGAUGUACUCUUACUGUCAGAAAAUCAAGGCAACAUUCUCACUGGAACUGUUAAGGUAAUAGCUGUCAAAGACAAUGUCUUGAGCUUCAUUUGUGAACUCAAUGAAGCUACCUUUGAUUCCUCACUUGGAAUUCAUACAAUGCCAGAACCCUCUGGUAACUUGAAGUGUAUCAGUUUCAACGAAUUAAGAUAUCCUGUACCUCAUCCCAUUUACUUUUUCAGAGGCAGGCUCAGCUUUUCUUUAAAGCACAAACUUUUAAGAUCUAACUGAGAAAGUGUUGAAUUUCAGGUAAAUAAGAAUAGUGUUUUAUUCCUUUAAGAUAAUUUCCCAUUUGAAUUAUAUAACUAUCCAUAACAGGUAGAAAAUAGUUUAGUUAUGGAUGUGAAUCUCUCCAUUUAUUGUCAACUUACCCUCAUACAUGUAUUUUUUUUUCUAUUCUCCUGUUAUACCAUUGAAUUUUCAUGUACUGCAGAAGGAAAUGAAAUUUCCCUUAGAACAAAGUCAAUGAGGCUUUUCUUUAAAGCACACAUUUUUAAGAUCCAACUGAGAAUGUGUUGAAUUUCAGCUAAAUAAGAAUAAGUUUUUAUUCCUUUAAGAUAAUUUCCCAUUUGAAUUAUUUCACUAUCCACAACAGGUAGAAAAUAGUUAAGUUAUGGAUGUGAAUCUCUCCAUUUAUUGUCAAC